GUUACUGCAUGUGUUUUUUUAAUGACGAAAAAUGAUUUAGCAAUACAUUAAUUCUUCAGUGAGAAACUAUUGUUAUUUAAUUAAUUCUAUAUUUUAUGGCCGUAUUCCUCUCGAUUUCUAUUUUGUUGCGGCAUACUAACUUUAAUAAAUACAGUUAAAUAAUUAAUCAUUGUUUGGAGCAGCGAUUAAGAAAAUAUAUUAUUAGGAUCAUAAAGGAACGCGAUCAUUUAUUUAGAAUGAUACUUGGACACUUAAUUGUGAUUUAAGUCAAUUUAAAAUUGUUUCACGUAGGAAAUUUAAUUAAAAGCGCACUUCAAUUAUAAGCCAUGCGUUAUCAAGAAAAUUAUUAGAAAAAAGCAAUUAAAUAAAAAAAAAAUGAAAGGAUAAAUAGCCGGGCGUUAAGAGUCAUUUUCAAAUUUCACCGGACCGAAGAGCAGUCAUGGUCUUAGCGGCGUUCCAUUAUUUUGGCCUAGUUUUCUGCCUGUUGCUUCCGUACGCCUGUUCCAAAUCAUUUUCAUGUGACAGUGACAAUGUGCACGAUUGUCUGUUGAAGCUUUUAUUAAGUAAACAUGAAAUUCCUGUCAAACUGAAAGUGGAAAAUGGAUGGCAAAUGGUACAAAAGUCUCCAAAUAUCAAACAGAAUUCCAACAUCGUGUGGAGAAGCUGGAGAACCAUAGCUAUAGAGGACAGUAAGAAACAUAUAAGUGACAAUUCAACGUCAGAAACAAGACCAGUACCAUCCGGCGAGACAGAGGACGACCCAUUUGGUGUUGAACCAAAAGAGCAAGACGGGACGGGGGAUGAGAAAAAAGAAGGAACAAUGGGAAAUGCAACUGAUAAAACGGUUUGUGUUGACUUCACAAAGUUACAUGAUCAACUGCGCGAUUUUGAACUCAAGUACUACCGUUCGGUCGCCGCCAAGCCGUACUCGUGUUGCAACAGCAAUCAGCAUCUCCGGUUCAUGGUUGAUUUCUUCAAAAAUUACAGAACAAACGAACGCAAAAGACCUGGUGACGUUGGACCAGACACGUUCUGUUUUCGUGAAGAUGUUGUACCGAUAAUUAAGAAGUAUCAGGCCGACAGGCGUGUAGAAACAGAUAAAAGAAAAAAAUGUCGAAAGUGUAACAACUACAAUUACUUGAAAAAAUUUACUAAAUGGUAUAAACAAUUACGAAACAAUGACGAUAACGGACCAAGUGCCUCAGAAAAAGGACCAUAUGACGGUGUAAAUGGAGCUACAACAAAUGAAACAGACACUGCUCCGGUGGGGAAUACACGAGGAAGAUAUGGUUUAAAGUAUACGAAAAAGGGGUCACCAAUGGCAACUGAAGAAAGAAAAUUAGAAAAUGGGGGGAACCAUUACUACCGAAAACAUUUGCCAACUGCUCAUAAAUACCAAAGGUAUUUGUCAAUUGUCGAUAAAGAUCCGAUGUAUUUACCAUCUGCUCAUAAAGAUCAAGGUUGUUUACCAGUGGCCCAUAAAGACCCAAGCGAUUUACCAAUAGUCGAUAAAUAACCAAGCUAUUUACCAACUAGCGAUGAAGACCCAAGGCAUUUACUAACUGCCCAUUAGUACACACAAGGUAUUCGUCAAAUGCCCAUGAAUACGCAAGAUAUAUGCCGAUUGCUCGUCAUUAAUAAAGAUAUAUAUAUAUUUGCCAAGUGGUCAUCAAUACCAAAAAUAUCCAAAAAUAAACUUCAUAAAU